AUGCCAUCGCACACCCCCACGAAGAAGCGGCGCGAGCUUAGUGACAACGAGAGAGAAGACGCGGUCGCGGAGCUGUUGAAACGGUCGGUUGAAGACGUUCCUCGCACGGGCGCCAUGAAGGAGGUUGCGGCUAAGUUCUGUGUCGACCGCAAGACGUUGGCAAGGUUGUGGAAGCGAGCCAAGGAGGAACAAGGCAGGACAGGCGUCCAACGCUCUCCUUCCCACCACCACCAGCGCGGCCGCCCCAAGAGGAUCUCUCCGCCAAGAUAG